CAUGAAACUGAUAGUAAUUUUAUGCCUUUUGGCCGUUGCUGUAGCCGCAAGUAUUAUUGGAAAGAAAGCUGUUGGAGCAAAAGGAACACUUCUCUGUGGAAACACUCCAGCUUCAAAUGUUAGAGUACGAUUGUUCCGUGUGAAACCAGGAAAGAAGGAUGAUAUCAACCAAAUGCUCGACGAAGAGUACACUGGACCACAAGGAAUGUUCCAUGUCGAAGGAAACACCAAUGGAUUCCCAUUAAAUGAAACAGAUCUUCAUCCAGUACUUUCUAUCUAUCACCAUUGUGAUGAUGAUCCGAAGAAAUUGGAGAAAACUGCUUUCCGUCGAUUCAACUAUGUUCUUCCCGACACUUUCGUGAAUCAAGGUGAGAAGGCAAAGAAAACUUACGACUUGGGAUCAUUGAACAUUCAACUGGAAUUCCCAAAUGAGAAGAGAGAGAAAACUAUUUUGGAGAAGGCAAAUUAACUUUUUUUUUUGUUCAGAAUAGUCUCAUAAAAAUUAAUA